UCGACCCAGUCGAUGGACAACUCGCAGGCGCUCGAGUUCCUCAACGCACGCCGCGCCGAGCGACCCAGCUCGCCGUGGCACAUCUACCAGCCCCAGCUCACGUCCAUCUCGUCGAUCGCCAACCGCGCCACCGGUGCUGGCCUCUCGGCGGCGCUGUACGCCCUCUUCCUCGGCCACCUCGGCGCGCCCCUCGUCGGCGCCGAGCUCGACUCGUCGGCCAUGCUCGACGCGUGGGCCAACCUGCCCGGCUGGGCCCAGCUCUCGGCAAAGGCCCUCGUCGCCGGCCCGGCCGCGUACCACACCCUCAACGGGUUCCGCCACCUCGGCUGGGACGCUGGCUACUUCCUCCAGCUCAAGUCGUCGUACAUGGCCGGGUACGCCGUCAUCGGCGCGACGGCCGUCUCGACCGCGGCCCUCCUCGCCCUCUGA